UUUAAUUUGAAGUCACUCCUACCGGAGCGUGUUCCCUCAGGCAGAAUUACGCACUGUAGCCUUCUAUUUACAUUCACAGUCUAUUGAAGCAGCACAUCAGUGGAUCUCUGUACCAAGGACAGAGCCUGUGAAUCACUGUCUGAAUGCAGCUUUUCAUUUGUUGAAGGUGUUUUUUUUCCUCCUGCGUGGAUGAGACCUGGACAAAAAGUUGGCACUCGCAGCAGACUCCUUUGCGUAAAGGACCGCGUGUGAAUCAUGUAUUGCGCAGAAUCUCUGCUCACUUGCGAUUAAUUUACAGGAGAGAGGCGCAUCUCCACCUCACAGGAUGCGAGUGGCGCGCUGAGUGUGAUUGCAUGCUUUUGGGCAGGGGGUACCAAACUUGCGUAAAGAGCCCGUCUCUGCACAAGUAUUGAUCGCUGGUCACAGUUAAGUGAUUGAUACAAUGUCAGCCUUGCGGAGGAAAUUUGGCGAGGACUACCAGGUGGUGAACACCAACCGGAGCAUGACUUUUUCCGCACCGGCGAAGAGAAAGCGGCAGCGCUUUGUGGAGAAGAACGGCCGCUGCAAUGUCCAGCACGGUAACCUUGGCGGGGAGACCAGCCGGUACAUCUCGGAUCUCUUCACCACGCUGGUGGAUCUCAAGUGGCGCUGGAACCUCCUCAUCUUCAUCCUCACUUACACAGUUGCGUGGCUGGUGAUGGCUUCAAUGUGGUGGGUGAUCGCCUACAUCCGCGGCGACCUGAGCCACGGCGGCCACGACUCGUCCUACACCCCGUGCGUCGCCAACGUCUACAACUUUCCCUCCGCGUUCCUGUUUUUCAUCGAGACGGAGGCGACCAUCGGCUACGGCUACCGCUACAUCACGGAGAAGUGCCCGGAGGGGAUCAUCCUCUUCUUGUUCCAGUCGCUGCUGGGCUCCAUCGUGGACGCCUUCCUCAUCGGCUGCAUGUUCAUCAAGAUGUCGCAGCCGAAGAAGCGCGCGGAGACGCUGAUGUUCAGCCAGGACGCGGUCAUUUCGCAGCGGGACGGGAAGUUGUGCCUCAUGUUCCGAGUGGGGAACCUGCGGAACAGUCACAUGGUGUCCGCGCAGAUCAGGUGCAAACUCAUCAAGUCUCGGCAGACCCCAGAGGGCGAGUUCCUGCCACUGGACCAGUGUGAGCUGGACGUAGGUUUCGGGACGGGGGCGGACCAGCUCUUCUUGGUGUCACCUCUUACCAUCUGCCACGAGAUCAACACCAAGAGCCCGUUCUUUGAUCUGUCGCAGCGCUCACUCAUGAACGAGCAGUUUGAGAUUGUUGUCAUCCUAGAAGGAAUCGUGGAGACGACUGGAAUGACAUGCCAGGCAAGGACGUCUUACACCGAAGAUGAAGUCUUGUGGGGCCAUCGUUUCCUCCCUGUCAUGUCACUGGAGGAGGGCUUCUUCAGAGUCGAUUACUCCCAAUUCCACAACACCUUUGAGGUCAAUACGCCUCCCUACAGUGUAAAAGAGCAGGAGGAGAAGUCCUCAUUGACAUCGCCCAACUCUCUCCCUGUCGCACCCACCCCCUCCUCUCCUCUGCUGGGUAACGGUGGCCGCGGAGGCCGCAGGGAAAGGCUUCUGUCAGCUGACUAUGCAGACCAUGUAGAGGACCAAGCCUCCAGGCUGCCCAGCAAGCUCCAGCGCAUGAGCUCUACCAAGGAGGAGCACCUCUGGAGGGGACUGAAGACGGGGCCAGCUUUGCCUGGGGGGAAGGCAUCCAGCACAGGAGACCUUCCACUUAGCAUUCAGAGGCUGAGGUCCAGCUCCAUCCCAGUUGCGAGGCAAGGACAGCUGGAGGAGCAGGUCCAGCUGCUGUCCUUGGAUGGAGAAGCUGAGGAGGGUGAGCUGGAGAGACAUAGACUGCCAGCAGCCAUUAGCACCGUCUCUGCCCCAACCCCAACCCCAGUCCAGAUCCCCUUGGUAGGGAGUAGGCCAGAGGACAACCUGCCCGCCAAACUGCGCAGAAUGAACGCUGACCGCUGACUUCUUUUCUGCAGACUACUUUUAACUUUUAAGACUUUUGAAAAUUGAAUCAGGCUUGAUGGGCAUUGCAUAAAAAUAAAGACUACUGUGAUAUAAGUUUUAUUUUUUUUUCUGCAGAUUUCGGUCAGUAUUUUACAUUUACUUAUGGGCUCUCUACUUAGUUGUCUAAUGCCACAAAUAGAAUGACAACACUAAUAAGCCAUCCAUCCGCUCAUACUGUGAGUCAUUUUUGAUAGAUCACCAUCUGUGCCCCCCCACUGACCUCGAACACUUCUGCCCUUGUGCUUGUUUCUUUCACUUAAUGUUUAUAGAGUUGCAUCAAAGACUUUAUUGUCUCAAACUACACUUCUCUCAACUAAUGAAGCACCAAAGUGAUUGUCACAAAUAAGACUGAUCUGAAUUGACCAUUCGCUAACCCCCUACCCCAGAACAGUGAUUGUCUAAUCAUAGCUUAGCAACUGUAACUAGGCACGGCAGAUCUGUCAAGCUUUGGAUUUCUCCACAUGCUUCAAACAGUGUACAUGAGGCUUUAGUGAGACAAAAGACCCACUGAAAGCAGCAUGAUGCAAAGUUUUCCCUCAUUUAUUUUCUACGGGGUGUCAGCAAAAUAAUUCGAAAGAUACUGUGGGCUUCCUUGUGAUGCAGGAGUGACCAGUGAUAUGAAAAUAAGGAGGGGUCAAAGGUUAAACAUUUUUAACUGGAUGCAAAUGAGGGCGAAAUUAGCUUUGUUUGCUUCCGGGGGGUCUUCACCACAAGAGUGGUACCUCUGCAUUUAAAGAGUUUGGAUCAGCGUUGCCAGAUAUGCGAUAAUUAUUGUUUUUGUAUGAUAAUUUUGCCCUCUAUGAUGUACGAUCCAUAAUGCCAAAAAGUGCCAUAAUGUACUACCUUUUCUGAUGAUAACAAUUAGCAAUUGGUUUCAGUAUCAUUUUACUUGAUUUCCUGAUGUGUUCAGGCGUACAAAAUAUGGAUCCUAGGGACUCUUAGGGACUCAUCCCCUCUUCCAGAAAUCCUAGCUACAUAAGCUUGCAUUAAAACAUUUUUAAAAAGCAGGUAUAUUUGUAGGCACGUCAAAAAGUUGUUUCCAUACGUAUUUUGUUAAAUUACACAUUAUUUAUACCUAUUUGUU